AUGCCCCUGGCCUGGGCUUCCCCUGCCUUCCUCAAGAGCGACUCUUGUAUCAGGGCAGGCGGCAGUGCAAAAGAUGCUUCCAGCCUCAGAAUCCAGGGGAGAAGCCGUGGGUCCGGUGCCUUCUUCCCUGUUGCUCCUCAAGCCCCUCUCCCUGCCAGGUCAGAAGCCGUGGAGUGUCCGUCCACCAGUUCUCCUGCCUCCACCUCGCUGGGGACUCUUCCUGGCCGGACUGUAAGACGUGUUUCUGAAGCUGUGGUCUUCCUAUGUGACGAGCAGUAUAAAAUUUCCUGGAACCACCAUGUCCUGUUGAAACGCCUCAUCAGCAUGGAACAGCUUGGCUCCAACGUGUUUGAGGGGCCGAGGGCCUCCAGCAAGUUGGAAAAGUGCGAUCAUUGGUCUGAAGUCCUCGGGCCGGAUUGGGUUUCCAUGGAAAGGACGGAGCUCAUCCGGGAGCCGCACCUGGAGAGGCAGGUGCAGAGAGCUCCCCGCUUCUGCAUCCCCACGAGAGAGCCACCCAGCCUGGCUUCACGUCAGGGGGUCAGGAAGGGCGGCUGCGUGUGUGGUCUGCGGAGCGCGGAGCGCGGUAGCAGCCAAAUGGCUCAGAGAGGACUUGCUCCAUUUCGUUUCUUCCCAGUGCAGGGUGUGCUGGGAGUGAUGCUCCACAGUGGGAGGGCGGGCCAGCCGGACCCCAGCUCAGAUCCUGCUCUGCCCCGGGCUGCCCCGCGUCCUCUCUCGUGGAGCUUCCCUCUGUCCGGCAGCGACAAGAGGGCACAGGACCGGCACGUGGUUACGGAGGCCGAGACGGCCCACAGUGCGUACGGUGGCCGAGUCGACCAUGCCCGAGAGGGGCCCACGAGGCCGCCCAGCCCGGCUGUCAUGGAGCGAGCCCCAUGUCCUUCGCUGCGUUGCAUCCAUGUUGGUGUCUGCCCGCGAAGACCGUCAGGUCUCUUCUCGUGGUCAGCGAGGAGCGUGGGACUCACCGCCACCCUGAUGCGGCCAGUGGUCACUCCACAGGCCUGGCACUGCCCUGCACUGGGUGUGGCGGAGAGCCCUAUGCUGCGGUCCACGGGCCCCCCCGAGGUGGACUCAGAGGGAUCUGCCCUCUCUGUGGUCCUCACUGCGGAUCAGUCAUGA